CAACGGCCAGCUGUCAGGAGGCACCGGCACACUGCUGUGAGAGGGGAGGGAAGGAAGGAGGUAAAAGUAAAUAGAAGCUUAGAAAGGGCGGAAGGCACCAGACAUCCUUAAUUGCGGACAAUCAGUUUGACUCUUGCUGUCACUUCGUCUGUCACAGAGACCGACAUAAGAACACGGGAGAGCCAUGGGUUCGUCCACAGAUGAAGAAUUCAAAGAGAAAUUACUGUGGAAUGUGAAACGAGAGGUGAAACAGAUCAUGGAGGAGGCGGUGACGAAGAAGUUUGUCCACGAAGACAGCAGCCACAUCAUUGGCCUGUGCAGCACCAUCGAGGCGUGUCUGAGCCACCUGUUGAAGCGGCGAGCGGCGGGCUUCCUGCGUAGCGACAAGAUCGCAGCCCUUUUCACCAAGAUCGGCAAGGUCAACGCCACGGCGGGAGAGGUGUGUCAGAAGGUCCAGGAGCAGCUCACACAGCAGGCAGAGGUCACCAGAACCCAGAGGACCCAGAGUGUGGGCCAGGAGCCCCUGAAGAGGCAGGGGUCAUCGUCUGCAGGUCGCGCCCCCCAGCCCCUCUCCGCUCAGGCCAUCAAGCACAUCUGGGUUCGCACCGCCCUCUUCGAGAAGGUCCUGGACAAGAUCGUACAGUUCAUUGUGGAUAACUCCAGUAAGUACUAUGAGAGGGAGUCUCUGAUGCAUGACACAGUGUUUGGACCCAUCCUGGCAUGUCUACUGGUGGGUCCCUGUGCUCUGGAGUACACUAAGCUGAAGACGUCCGACCACUUCUGGACGGACCCGUCGGCCAACGAGUUGGUCCAGCGCCACCGGAUCCACGGGGCCCACCGGGGCCAGGACGCUUCCCCCAGCAGGAGGCCCGCUCUGGGGGUGAGAGGCUGGACAGUCCACGUCAGCAUGUCCGAGGAUAAGUUUGCUGGUCUCACGGAAUACAUGGAAUCUCUUCACCAGAACUCCCGUACUCAUGUUAUCCUGGGGAAGAGCUCUCCCCCCCCCCAAUAGAAGAAAGAGAUGGAGGUGUUGCGGGGGUACCUGUCCCUUCACCAGUCAGGGGACAACCUCACUCUGAAGUGGACCCCGAACCAGCUCAUCAACGGCACCCUGGGGGACUGUGACCUGGAGAAGAGUAUCUAUUGGGACUAUGCGUUGACCGUGCCUUUGCGACAGGUCGUGUGCAUUCACUGUCACCAGCGGCCUGACUGUGGUGGGACGUUGGUGCUGGUUAAUCAGGAUGGUAUCCAGCGCCCCCCCCUCCACUUCCCUCCCGGCGGCCACCUUUUGGCCUUUCUGUCCUGCCUGGAGACGGGCCUGCUUCCGCGCGGUCAGCUGGAGCCUCCACUCUGGAGCCAGAGAGGCAAGGGUAAGGUGUUUCCUAAGCUAAGGAAGAGGACCAGCACUGCCAGGCUGGUAGAUCAGGAGGGAGAGGAGCAGACUGCCAGGCUGGUAGAUCAGGAGGGAGAGGAGCAGACAGCAGCUGACUAUGUGUUCCGCAUUGUCUACCCUGGACGCCACCACGACUCUACAGUGACUAUAAACUACCACCACACCACGGGCAGCCGUGCUCCCUCGCUGGACGAUGAUGAAGAGGAAGAGGACAGACUCCAGGCUAUGAUCUCAAUGAUGUGUUGGCGGAACCUCACAGAUCCUAAUGUCAUGAAAGACCAUGGGGAGAUGAUGGACAUUCAGGGAGCCUAUAUGGGAGGCAGCCCGUCGUCAUGGCAGCAGGGAGCAGAGUGCACCAGUCACAUGUCGUCCUGUCUGCCUUGCUCCGCAGGGGACAGUAACGUCUCCUUGGACUACCCAGCAGGCUGCACCUGCAUCCACGACCGGAGCCCACUGAAGAUGCUGUGCCAGAAUAUGAAAAGGCAGAUUGUCUCCAGGGCCUUCUACGGAUGGCUGGCCUACUGUCGACACCUGUCCACGGUCCGUACCCACUUGUCAGCAUUGGUCAACCACAACAUUGUCCCUCCUGACAAACCUUGUGAGGCAUCGGGGGGCCUGAGUAAAGACUUGUGGAGCAAGUACCAGAAAGACUGCAAGAACUAUAAGGAGUUGGAGUUGUUGCGGCUGGUUUAUUACGGAGGUGUACAGCAUGACAUCAGGAAGGAAGUCUGGCCCUUCCUGCUGGGUCACUACAAGUUUGGCAUGGGCAAGAAGGACAUGAGCCAGAUCGAUGAGAAGGUCAGUGCACGGUACCAGCAGGUGAUGAAGGAGUGGAAAGCCUGCGAGGUGGUCGUCAAGCAGAGAGAGAAGGAGAUGCAGUCGGCCAUCUUUGCUAAGCUGUCUUCAGGAAGCAGCAUAGACAGCCACGUCCUCCGACUCAUACACAGAGACUCCACUCUCAGCAACGAGGUGUUCAUGUCAGUAGAUGAACCUGAGGUGGGGGAGCAGCACACCCCAGGGGGGGGCGGAGAAGACACCCCCGGCCACUCUACAGUGGUUCCCCCCACAGCCGGAGGGGUAAUAGUUCCUGAUGAGCGCCCCCUAGUGGAGUUCGACUCCCCUGACUCCGGCCUCCCAUCCUCCAGGAACUACUCUGUCACUUCCGGACACUCUCAGAUUCUCUCCUCUAUCGACGAUGGACAGAGUACGGAGGAGGACGGGGGAGCGGGGGAGGAGGCGCGGACACAAACACACAGUGUGACGGAGGUGAAGGAGCAGCAGGAUUCAAUAAGUGAGGAGAGGCUGUGCAGUCAGCUGGAUAAGUUGAUGACCAAUGGGAAUGGAGGAGCGGAGGGGAUGCCUUCACUGUCCUCCUAUACGAUUGAGCUGUUGGACACAGUGGCUCUGAACCUCCACAGGAUAGAUAAAGAUGUUCAACGCUGUGACCGUAACUACUGCUACUUUACGACCGCCAACCUGGAGAAACUACGCAACAUCAUGUGCAGCUAUGUGUGGGAUCACCUGGAGAUGGGUUAUGUCCAGGGGAUGUGUGACCUGCUGGCUCCUCUCAUGGUCAUCCUGGACGAUGAGUGCCUGGCGUACAGCUGUUUCUCCCAUCUGAUGAAGAGGAUGAGCCAGAACUUCCCCAAUGGCGGAGCCAUGGACACACACUUCACCAACAUGAGGUCCCUCAUACAGAUCCUGGACUCGGAGCUGUUUGAGCUGAUGCAUCAGAAUGGAGACUACACCCACUUCUAUUUCUGCUACCGCUGGUUCCUGCUGGACUUCAAAAGAGAGCUGCUGUACGAGGAUGUGUUCUCAGUAUGGGAGGUGAUCUGGGUGGCCCCCCACAUCUCCUCUCAGCACUUCGUCCUGUUCCUGGCCCUGGCUCUGGUAGAGGUCUACAGAGAGAUCAUCAGAGACAAUGCCAUGGACUUCACUGACAUCAUCAAGUUCUUCAACGAGAUGGCAGAACGUCAUGACGUGCAGCACAUCCUUCAGAUCGCCAGAGAGCUGGUGCACAAGGUCCAGUCUCUCAUCGAGAACAAGUGAUGAAGAGGAGGACAAAGAGAGGAGGAUGAAGAGGAACGGAAGAGAGGAUCUUGAUGCCAUCAUUGCACCCCUCGAUCCACCCGUCCAUCCUCCACACCUAGCACAGCUUCCUUCCUCUCUUACCCCUCCCAAACCAGGGGAAGAGACAAAGACAUGGGCCCUCCAGCCCUCUCUCCCUCCAGGCCUCUCACCCUCUCUCCCUCCAGGCCUCUAACCCUCUCUCCCUCAAGGCCUCUCAACCUCUCUCCCUCCAAGCCUCAGCCCGCCAGCCAGACCGGUGGAGGAUGAAGGCUCCAGGUGACCAUCCUGGUCUGGAUGCAGAAGAGAACAGUGGAAAGGAGAGUGAUGUUGGCUGGGCCCAGAUUUAGAUCUGGGUCCUGGUUCUUGGUCUAGGUCUGGUCCUGGUCUAGUUCCUAGUCUAGGUCUGGCCCUCGUCUAGUUCCUGGUCUGGGUCUGGUCCUAGUCUAGUUUCUGGUCUAGGUCUGGCCCUGGUCUAGUUCCUGGUCUAGGUCUGGCCCUGGUCUAGUUCCUGGUCUAGGUCUGGCCCUGGUCUAGUUCCUAGUCUAGGUCUGGCCCUCGUCUAGUUCCUGGUCUGGGUCUGGUCCUAGUCUAGUUCCUGGUCUAGGUCUGGUCCUGGUCUAG